AUGCUGCGUAGUGCGCUCUCAGCUUUAUUUGCCAUUGGGAGAAGACAUAACAUUUUGGAUAACAACUGCAGUUCGCGUCGGCUGUAUCGCUCUAGGCAAAGUAGUACUAUGAGUACUCAGUCGUUGACAGCGUGUCAUGCGAAAGUCGCUGAGCGCAAAGUUGUCAUGCAGGCGCUGCUGGUGGUGACAGUAGCGGUACGUCUUCUCCCUGCACGGCUGUCUUCGAACAUACAGUUACCGAUAUAUGGUGGGCAUGGGGUUGGAGUCGACGCUCAUGCUGUCAGGCGGCCCCAGGGGCGUGUGGGGGGUGCAUCGGCUGAUGGUAGACUCGCUGCGAGACAUCUGCGAGCCCUCCUUGCCGCCGCCGACCUCUGCCCCCUUGCAUUGCAUCUCGUGUCGCCUCAUUCUGCUCCUACGCUUAGCAACGGCAUCUUAUCUCCCUACAAACAUCUUAUCUGUAACGAAAAGUUCAUACGCCUCCGCCGCACACCGACCCACACAUAUACAACCCCACAAGUCAACUCAAGGAUAGGACACGGCGGGUUUAGUUAA